UGUCGUAGCGUCAGUAGAUAAGAUUUCGUGCAAAUCUGUUAGUGCGAUAUCUGCUUCCGUGCGCGCUCGGCUUAUGAAACAGUCCAGGAGAAUUCAAUAGGGGCUAUCCCGCUGAAUUAACAAAAAGAAAAGGCUUCAUUUGCUCAAUUAGAAAAGUCGACACUGUGUUGACUUUGUUACUAUAAUAAUAAUAAUCCGAUAAAGGAAGGAAGUGUUAUUUCAGGAUAGAUGUGGUUGUUUUGAGUCAAAAGGAAUCAAAAGGAAUGUUCGAUUGAUUUGGCCCAAGAAGCAGAUGCUUCCAUUUGACGUGAACGGAAGACGUUAGCUGAGAAUGGUACACAUGAGCCUAUAGGCGCAAUUUAGGGGCGUAGAGAAGAAGAAAGGGGAUAUUGUUGACAUAGCUGCAGAUCAAUGCGUAGCUAAUACUCUGUGACAAUUCGCUUUUAACCUGCUGCGAAUCCUCCGACCGAAUCAUACGGCAGAGGAGCAACAGAAGAACAUUAUCCACAAGACCCUUUGGACACAAUAACAACAACAGCCAUCGCGCUUAAAAACGGAUAUCUCUCAGAGCAGCGUUCCUUUUCCUGACGUUUAAAACCCUUACUACGUCACAAGGCUGUACAUAGGAGCACUGAGAUGAUAUGUUCGAUAGAAUACUACACUUACAACAUCUGAGACAUUAAGCGUUGGCGUCGGUAAAAAGAUCAAACGGCGAACAAAAUGCGAAUGCGGAUUAAGAAAGAUGGGUUAAAUACGUUUAUGGUGACUUUCUUGCCUUGAAGCCUGGGGGAAACAAAAAGAUCAUCCGAGACAGAGAUGUCCACAAACACAAGCACCUCGAAUCCUGAUCAGCAACUGCCGUCAUCACUACUGAUCUUCAUAGUGUUUUUGAUUGUGUUCGAGAUCCUGAUCAUGAUUGGGAACGGACUAGUCGUAUACCUUGUCGCCACGCGCAAGCGGCUUCACACGAACACGAACUGGAUCGUACUCUCUCUUGCGGUAUCUGACCUUGCAGUCUCAUUUGCUAUCAUUCCAUCCAGAAUCGUCUGUUUCAGGACCAAAUGCGACGAGAUUCUCAUGAAGAUACUCUACGAUAUAUUCAUCUUCGUCUCUUUGUGCAACCUGUGCUGUCUUACUUUGGACCGCUUCAUCGCGGUUAUGAAGCCACUGAAAUACAACACACUGAUCACGCACAAGGUUGUCGUCAAGAUGAUCGUCAUUAGCUGGAUGUUUCCAACCAUUGUAUUCUGUAUACCUCUGAUAUGGACCUACGGAUAUAGCAGCGACAUCACACUGCGUCAGACCGCCGACAAGAUUUUCUACCUGACUCAAAUUAUUGUGUUCAUGUGCGUUCCUUGCUUGGUGAUGUUCGCCGUAUACGCGUAUAUUUUUCAUCUGGCCCUAGAUCACGCACAACGUAUCCAAGACCUCGAGGAAUCGGUCACUGGAAGCAGACCCUCGUCAAGCUAUUCCAACGAGGCAAGAAACACCAUUAAAGUGUUCGGCGUGGUGUACGUCUUGUUCGUGUUUUGCUGGAUCAUGUCCGCAUACCGUACCUUCACUACGUUUUUCCAGUUAGGAGAUGUCCAGAAAGAAGUGACCAUGACAUCACGGCUUUUUCUGUUGUUUAACAGCUGCGUCAAUCCAAUAGUGUACGCUCUGUGGAAGAAAGACUUCCGGUUGGAGGUUGGCAAGAUGGACAUCCGGUCCAGGCUACGUAAGAUGUCAUGCUGUAGUCAGCGCAGGACUGCUGAUGAGGACCACCCCAUGUACAAAAGAGAAAGACAUGCAGUUCCAGAGGUAGAAGAUGGCAGCUCCGGGAGUGAUAUCCAAAGAAGUAACGUGACGGAUUUGGAUGGUGAGAUGCUCACAGAUCCACGGGAAAUAAAUGGCAAUGUCAUCAUCAGCCCUGAAGCACGCCUAGAGACCUCGUCACGGGUAUAAUAGCGGAUAAUAGCCACUUCGGCUGCAAAGGCUGUUGGUGUACUUCUGUAGCAAUACGUUUGACAGUUCCGAUGGUUCAGCUCAAUUUAUACCCCUCACUGAGAUUCAAUACAUAUGGCCAGGGGCGUACCUGCCUUAAAGCCAGUUAAGCAGGCUAAACAAGAUUCUGGGACAAUCUCACACUUGAGUGGCGGGACGAUAAAAGCCCAGGAACGCUCGUUUCACCUCCCCUUUAAUUCAUAAGGGUUGAUGGUUGAUUCCAGACGAUCAGGUGUGGAGAAACAUUUGGAGGUGACAUUUAUGAAAAAAUACGCACUACUUUCUGAACUAGUUUGUAUAUAGCACAGCUUUGUAACGGACCUUAGCAAAAAUGUAUUUAAUCGCGCCACUGUUUGACAGCAGUCAUCCAAUUUUUAUACCAAAGAUGGAUAAUAUUUUGGUUACUGUAUAUAUACAUCAAAGAUAUGGAUGUUUUUUUGUUAGCAUAUUUAUACAUCAAAGAUAGAAAAAAAUUUGGUUAUUGUAUAACACCAAA